AUGUCUAGAUCGAGAGAUCCUGAGCUGAACUCUUUUUUAUCUAGGGUUGAGCAAUUAGACUCUGAAAGAAGCAAACAGAAGCCAGCUGUGAAACCUAAGCCGAAAACUUUAAAGUAUGACGAUAAUGAUUUCAAGAAAGCAGAAGAUCUUUUAAAUGGAUCGUACAUAAAUAGAUCUCAACCCAUCCACAACGAUGUUGCGGAUGAGCAGGUUUCAAGUUUAGCCUUUAAAUCUGCUUACAAUUACGACAAGACGUUUUCACCAAAGAAGGAAAAGGGUCCAAAGGUCAAUGGAAAAUCUAAUGGGAAUUCCAGCGGUAAAACAGGUGAUAUGAGUUAUUCGAUAUCCCAUAUGGAAACUAGAAGAGUAUCAAAGUUUGAUGAUGUGUAUAGAGUUGAGGAAACUUCAAAGACAGAAGAAGGGUACUUUGUUUCGAAAGAAGACUAUGAGAUGUUGAUGAGCAUCAAAGGACGACUCGAGGAAAGUCGUACACAUGAGCAAGAAAAUGAGCGUGAGUUAGAGCAUAAAAGGCUUCCAUCGAGACCUGUUGUAAUACCUAAUCGAAGAACAAGUGACUCCCCAUACGAACAGAACCCGCCUUUGCCUAGCAGGGGCCGGGGAAAAAAGAGUGAGGAAGGUACACCAUUGUUUUCUUCAAGGAAUUUCAUCGAUCAUGACAACUUCCUUGAUCAUGAUAUCAUCAAUGAGCCUCCUAAAUCCAGCAGAAAGGGAAAAUCAGUACCACCACCGCCACCUCCCAAGAAAAAUACAAUAAAAAAGCCUAUAUUGGCUGCUUCUUCAGGGUCUCCAUCUAAAAAGUCUUCUUCAGCCGAAGUUCCAAAUGAGGUUUUGCCUAGAGCUCAAACCAAAUCUCCACUAAAGGCCGCGAAGGAGUCUCUUAUUAAGUCCCCUAUUAAAUCUAUUUCCAAGUCACCCACUAAACCAACUUCCCAGCCAGCUGCUAAAUACGUAAUCGUCGAUGAGGAAGAUUCGGCGGAUGAGUUCUCUGAGAUGUUCCAGAAAAUUAGACUAUCCAAAGAAUCAUCUAAAUCUACAGCAGAAGUAAAGGCAAAGGUACCACCAAAACCACCCGCAAAGAGUCCCAGCAUACAACUGCCAAAAUUAAGAUCCCCCAAACCAAAACCAGCAUUGCCUGCUAAUGCAAAAGAUCCAAAAAAAAAGAGCCAAGACCAAAACCCUGACGAGGACGAGGUCUCAGCUCUAAGAAGAUCUCUACGUAAAGUGAAAACUGCACCCCCACAACGGAAUGCCACUCCAGAAGCAUUGCGGGCAAAAAAUAGACUACAAAAACCCGCUGUUCCUCCAAAACCUACGAUCGAAAUCCCUGAAGCACUUACCAAGAGAGAUACCCUGGUAAGACCAGCUACUGAUCCACAACUAAAAUCAAUUUCCCCUGCCUUGGAAGGAUUACAAAGACAAAAAGUUAUUUUACAAAAGCAACUAAUAGAAAAGGUUGGUGGAUCUUCAUCACCAGAGCUCAAGUUUGAAAAUGAUCAAGUUAUGUCCCCUCGUCCAACUUCUUCUACUCCAUCAAAACCUCUGCCAACGAAAUCACGUACACGAGGUCCAAAGCGUAAGCUCCCAACUGAUUUGAAAAAACUUUAA